AUGGUAUUCAACAGGGAUGCUAUGACUAGAAUUUCGACCAGGAAAGUACUUUCCAUCCAAUCUCAUGUUGUACACGGUUAUGUGGGUAAUAAAGCCGCUACAUUUCCACUACAGUACCAAGGGUGGGAUGUGGAUGCUCUGAACACUGUUCAGUUUUCAAACCAUCCCGGAUAUGGCCAUUUUACAGGAUUUCGAUACGAUGCUGGUCACCUUUGCGAGAUCCUCGAACAAGGGCUAGCCAAAUCCCUUGAGAUCCAAUACGAUGCUGUUCUCAUGGGGUAUUUGCCAGGUGUUGAAAGCUUACGCAAAAUUGGUGAAGCUGUUGGUGAAAUGUCUGCAAGGGAUCCAGAUUUGAAAUGGGUUCUUGAUCCUGUGCUUGGUGACAAUGGUAAACUCUAUGUGUCUGGUGAGAACGUGGAUGCCUACAAGCAGAUUUUGCGCCAUAACAAGAUUCAUUUAGUCACACCAAAUCAAUUCGAAAUGGAGACUUUAACAGGAGUAAAAAUCCAAGAUUUAGAAUCGUUGAAGUCAAGUAUUGAACAAUUCCAGAAAUUAUAUCCUCGAGUGAAUAAGAUCGUGGUUACAAGUUUAGAACUGAAAAAUGGUUACAUAUGUGCAUGCUGUGAUGGUGGUAAAAUUCAGUAUGCAUCAGUACCUCGAAUCAAUGCUCAUUUUAGCGGAACCGGCGAUUUGUUCAGUGCGCUGCUGCUAAAUGCUCUGGUGCCUCCUGCUGGACAAACUCCACCAACGUUAGCACAAGCCCUACUUCUAGUAAUUUCUCUCGUCGAUCUAAUUCUACGAAGAACUUUGGAACUUUCAUUAUCAAAGGAUGAUGUUCUUCCUGUCACUAUAAAUGAUUUGAAACUGAUACAAUGCAGGGACUUGCUAGUUGGAAAACAUCAGAACAAGGAGCUGGAUGCACAAAUUAGGUUGGUCGAUCUUAACUAA